AAAGACAGAGAAGUAAAGAGGUGGUGGUACCAUACAAUCGUCUUCAGGGUUCAUAUCUCUAUUCCUUCAAGACUCAAGACUGUAGAAGAUGAGGAGCGCACUGUUCUUCAUGUUAAUUUUGGGAGUUUCACCUGGCUCUAUGGCUAAACUCAAAACAACUCGUUCUUAUAGUGAUGAAGAACAAUCAUAUUAUGCAUAUUUCAUGCCACAAAGAAGACCAUGUCCAAGGCCUGGCUCUCAAUACCCUGAUUUGAUUCUUCCAUUUUUAAAAUUUUUACCCAGUUUUCCUCGUCUACCAUUUUUUCCACAACCACCUUCUCCAGCCCCACCCCCAGCUCCGGUACCACCGCCUCCAGCACCUGCACCAGGUCCUGCACCAGGUCCUACCCCUGCUCCAGACCUUCCAAGAGGAGAUGAAAAAUAGUGCUGUAUACUUAGUGUUCUGCAUUUCCAGUUUAUUCUGAAUUUUACCGAAAAGUUACAGGAUUUUUUUUUUUUUUUUUUUAC